UUAGGACACAUCAGCAACAGCCAGUUGCAAAGCCAGGCAGAGGAGUGCAUUGGCCUUGUCAAGAGUAUCCCCACUAUGCUCUCUGUGCACGCGGAACAGCUGAACAAAACUGGCUUCCCCACGAUCCAUGCUGUGGUGCUGCUAGAGGGGACAAUGAACCUGACUGGAGAGCCGCAGCCGCUGGUGGAGCAACUCAUGAUGGUCAAAAGGAUGCAGCGCAUUCCGUCCCCGCUUUUCAUUCUGGAAAUCUGGAAAGCCUGCUUUGUGGGGCUGAUUGAGUCUCCUGAAGGGACAGAGGAACUCAAAUGGACAGCCUUCACAUUCCUCAAGAUUCCACAAGUACUUGUAAAACUGAAAAAAUAUCCUCAAGGAGAAAAGGACUUCACCGAAGAUGUGAAUUGUGCCUUUGAGUUCCUUCUGAAGCUGACGCCCCUUCUGGACAAGGCUGACCAACGCUGCAACUGUGACUGCACGAGCCUUCUCUUUCAAGAAUGUGGCAAGCAGGGUCUGCUCUCCGAAGCCAACAUGAACAACCUCAUCGCCAAACGGACCGCUGAUCGGGAACAUGCGCCACGUUUAAAGUCUCCCGAGAAUGCUAACAUUCAACCCAACCCAGGCCUCAUCCUGCGAGCGGAGCCCACCGUCACCAACAUCCUGAAAACAAUGGAUUCAGAUCACUCGAAAACCCCAGAAGGGCUGCUGGGCGUCUUGGGACAUAUGCUCUCUGGGAAGAGCUUGGAUCUGUUGUUGGCAGCUGCAGCAGCUACAGGGAAGCUGAAAGUCUUUGCGAAAUUUAUCAAGCUUAAUGAACUUACCAAGCACAUCAGCGGAGAAGGCUCCAAAGCGGCAUCAGUCAGAGCGCUUCUCUUCGACAUUUCCUUCCUCAUGCUGUGCCAUGUCGCCCAGACCUACGGCUCUGAGGUGAUCCUUUCUGAAGCUGGUCCACCUGGGGAAGUGCCUUUCUUUGAGACCUGGAUGCAGACCUGCAUGCCAGAGGAAGGGAAGAUCCUCAACCCUGAUCACCCUUGCUUCCGGCCCGAUUCCACCAAGGUGGAGUCUCUAGUUGCUUUGCUCAACAAUUCGUCAGAAAUGAAGUUGGUGCAGAUGAAAUGGCAAGAAGCAUGUCUGAGCAUCUCUGCUGCUAUCUUGGAGAUCCUGAACGCUUGGGAGAACGGGGUUCUCACCUUUGAGUCCGUCCAGAAAAUCACAGACAACAUCAAGGGGAAGGUGUGCAGCAUGGCCGUGUGCGCUGUGGCCUGGCUCGUAGCUCACGUCCGUAUGCUGGGCUUGGACGAGAGAGAGAAGUCAUUGCAGAUGAUCCGGCAGUUGGCAACUCCCCUGUAUGCUGAAAACACCCUGCAGUUCUACAGUGAGAGAGUGGUGAUCAUGAGUUCAAUCCUUGAGCACAUGUGUGCUGAUGUCCUGCAGCAGACAGCUGCGAAUAUCAAGUUCUCAGCCACAGGGGUCGUCACUAUGCCCUACUGGAACUUCCUUCCUGCCAAGAAGCCAAUCAAAGAGGUGCUGAUGGGCGUCUUCUCCAAGGUGCUGGAGAAAGGCUGGGUGGACAGCCGCUCCAUCCACAUCUUCGACACCCUUCUGCACAUGGGCGGAGUCUACUGGUUCUGCAACAACCUUGUCAAGGAGCUGCUGAAAGAGACCCGGAAAGAGCACGCAAUGCGGGCUGUGGAGUUGCUCUACUCCAUUUUCUGCCUGGACAUGCAGCAGCUGACGCUCACCCUCCUCGGCCACAUCCUGCCCAAUCUGCUCACAGACUCCUCCAAGUGGCAUAUGCUGAUGGAUCCUCCGGGCAAGGCUCUUGCCAAGUAAGAGAUGAGCAGACAGGUGUUAAUGAGC